AUUAUUUACAAUUAAGAAACAAACUUUGUUUUGUUUAUUUCAAAAGUUUACAUUAAAAGCGAGUGAAAUGAUAAUAACACAAUAAAAGUGGGCAAGUUUUUUACGAAUCUAUAAGAAUGGGCAUAGCCCAAUUAACAAUAAUUUCUUUUAUUUUCAUAUAUUUUAAAUAAAUAACAAAAAAGAAAAACGAAAUAAUAAUCAUAAUUUACAAUUACGCGACAAUAAAGUGUUAUUUGUGCAAUAAUUUAGAACAUUUCUAUAAGAAAUUAAUAAGUGAAAACAACAAAACAAAAGCAAAAUCAAUUAAAACCAAUGUAGAUAGUAAAAUAAAUAAAUAAAUAAAUAAAUCUUAGAAUUGCGAACGAAUAAGAAAUACAAAAAUACAAACCUGCGCCAUUUUGUAGACGAACUCGCGAAUGUAACUGUAAAAAAAGCUCACACCAACACAUGGACACAAAGACGAUUGUGUGUAUUGGAGCCUGCAUAAUGCGAUGUGAGACCUUGAAUUAAAAAAAAAAGAAAACACGCCAACGAUUUGCCGCCAACUUGUCGACAAUAUCUCUACUAGAAGACACCCACCAAGAGAAAGAGAGAGGGAGAGAGCGAGAGAGAGCGGGAGAGAGAGGGAGCAGAAAGUGAAGAGAAGACAGCAGCCCACCUGAAAUUCGGCCCUCGUAAUACCUAGCAAUAGAUUUAAAUCCAAGUACACCCACGCAAGCGCAUGUCCGGCAACAACAACAAUUGAAGCUGCGUUCGCCUUGGUUUUUGGUCAUUUUGUGGAAUAAAACGCUAAAUUUUUGGUUGGCAUGGAAACGCCGUUAGUGCGGAGAAAAAUGCGUCGUCAGGGACAAACAAAAGCAUCGACAGCAACAACAAUAGCAGCAAAAACUUCAACAAUGGCAACUGCAGCCAGGACAAGAGCCAGGAUAACAGCACAGGCAACAACCUUAACGACAUCACAAGGAUUAAUCGGCACAUGGUCCCAGUUUGUUGUUGUUGUUGUUUUUGUUGCUGUUGCAAUACUGCUAAAUUGCCACGUCUGUCAAGGAGCCGGUCGCGCACCGCCGGAGCCCUACUUUGGCCGCUACAUCGGACAAUUCACGAACUUUGCGCACGGCAUAAAGGGCGCCAUCUAUGCCGUGGACGAGUCGACGCUGUUUGUUAAAUCCUUUGCGUACGAUGGCACCGGACCGGAUGCCUUCUUCUGGGUGGGCAAAACACCGAGACCAUCGCCCGAGGGCUAUAUUAUACCCUAUCCGGAGGAAUAUAUCGGCUCUGAUCCGCCCGUUCUGCAGGCGCACAACAAUACGGACAUCAUACUGCGUUUACCCAUGGGCAAAAGGAUUAAGGACAUUCGAUGGCUCUCGGUGUGGUGCAGACGCUUUACGGUCGAUUUUGGUGAGGUCUUCAUACCGCCUGGCCUAGAUGUGCCCAAGCCGCGAGUACUGCCGGAAUUUAGGCGUCUGGCCCAUGGACUCCGUUCCAGCAACAUAAGCGUUCUGGACGCAAAGACAUUCUAUAUUCCCAACCUGCACUAUGACGGCGCUGGACCCGAUGCCUAUUUCUGGGUGGGCAAUGGAAGCGAGCCGAAUCUCAUGGGCAUUAAGGUGCCCAAUGAGGUUGGAUCGUUGGACCCGUUGCGCAGCUAUCAGGGCGAGGAUAUUGAGAUUCAGCUGCCCGGCAGCUUGACCGUAUACGAUAUUGACUGGCUGUCGGUGUGGUGUGUGGAGUAUAGGCACAACUUUGGACACGUCUUCAUACCCAAGGACCUGGAUGUGCCGCCAGCAUUGGGUCAGACGAAAAUCACGCCUUCAUGGUGGUAUUCACCCACUACGACAACGCCGCGGCCCGUCUACUCCAAUUGCCGCGAGGUUCUGCCCAACAAGUUGCAGGUCAAAUGGGAACUGCAGGGUGAAUAUAUACAGAUCGAGCUGUUUGGACGCAUCACGGAGGAUCAGUAUAUGGCCUUUGGCCUAUCCGGCGCAAAUGGACGCCCCCAAAUGGCACAGUCCGACGUUGUGGUGGCCUUUUACGAUACAAACGCUCGAGUGUUCCGUGCCGAGGACUAUUUCAUUUCGGAUUUAUCACAGUGCGAUGGUCAGCGUGGCGUCUGUCCCGACGAGCGCAUCGGAGCACGCAAUAAUGUGAUUGUGGUAAGCGGGGAUCGCAAGAGCGGCGUCACCAGCAUUCGCUACAAGCGCCUGCUGCAAACAAAUGAGCCCAUUUAUGACAUGCCCAUACCCAUUGAUCGCGAGGUGUCGAUCAUAGCCGCCGUGGGACCACUCAAUGCCCGCAAGGAGGCCAACGCGCACUCGCACACUGCCAGCGAUCACAAUCCCGACGACAUACGCAUCAACUUCUCGAAGCGGAACGAUCAUGCCUGCAAGAGCUCGCUGUACGAUGUGAAGGAUGAGAGCGGACCCAAGCCGUGGGCCACGCGCAAGAUCGUGGGCGAGCACAAGUUCCGCGCCAGCAUUGGAGCCACGGGUGGCAAGCGUGGCUAUACAGCGAUUACGAGCGUGCCCUCGUGGGGCAUUGCCUGGUAUAUCAACGAUCUGCUGAUACCGGAAAUAACUGUGGAGCGCGGCCAGACCUACGAGUUCAUAAUCGAAGGCGGCAACGAUCCUGCACAGCCAGCCAGAUACCAUCCGCUGUAUAUCACGGACUCGCCGGAGGGUGGUCUGGGCCAGAAGACGGGCCUGGAGGCGCGCAAGCAGAAGGCCUAUGCGGGCGUUGAGUAUGAUGAGGAUGGCAAUGCCAUACCCACAGGCGUGGGCCGUUACUGCGAAUGGGAGCACCGCACUGUCGAUCGCUCGGCGGAGUUCGAGAACUUUGAGGACUUCAAGGGUACGCUGGUGUUCAAGUGCGAGGACGGCGAGCCGGGCUACAUGAACUGGACGGUGCCCAUGGAUGCACCUGCCGUAUUGUAUUACCAGUGCUUCACCCACAACAAUCUGGGCUGGAAGAUAAACGUGGUGGACGCCGGCGCAAGUACCGCUCCGGCCAGCUUGCAGCUGGGCCGCAAUCAGCUGCUCUUCUACAUGAUGCUAACAGUUUUAAGCCUGGUUGUAGGACGUUCCAGACUGGCGAGUCCUUUGCUUGCCUGAUAGUCGGAACGCCAGUAAAUUGUUGUAAAGUCAUGUUCCAAGGUUUUCAGCAGAUAAUUCAGUUGCUUUGAGCAUAUCUUACACUCACACUUUACAUAUCCUUAACCAUAUUGAGUCUUUUUAACAAGUUUUCUAAACGAAUUUAUAAUUUCAUAAAACAUAUAUAUUAAUAUCGACUUCUCAAGCACCGAGGCAACUGUUUGCUGAAGAUUUUGGAACAUUUGAACGUAUUCUACAUAACAACCAGGCUAAUAUCAUCUGAAAAACAUAUCUUCAUAAUAAUUUAUAAGGUGUAAAACUGUUGAAAACUAUUGUGUGCGUGUGCAAAUGGCAGUGGUGCGUACUUACUGCACCCACUGUAGCUGGCCGGGAUUAGAUGGAGGCGCAGCAAGAACUCUUUGUAUAUUUACGUGUAUGGAAUUCUACUUUUUUACGUGUAUGCAGAACAUACGAAACUUACUUAUACAUUUACAUUUACAGUAAAAUUGUAAUUUUUCUAGCAACAACUACUACUUAUA